AUGGUAUAUUGGGACUGCAAAGACGCCUCGUGCCUUCAAGCCACUGGAAUCAAUAUCAAAAAUUUGAAUCUAGUAUGGCGCUCUAAUAGGAAGGCAUGGAUGACUAGCGAGAUCAUGAAGGAAUGGCUUCGCUGGUUCGAUAUGCGCAUGACUGGCCGGCAAGUUGUUCUUCUUAUGGAUAAUUUCUCAGCUCAUGAGGCUGCUAUUGCUUCAAUUAAUGCAAGCCCCUCACCACUAAAGAAUACGUUGAUUAUAUGGCUUCCUCCAGGCUCAACAAGUCAAUAUCAACCUCUUGAUCAAGGGAUUAUUCAGGCAUGGAAGAUACUCUGGAAAAACAAUGGAUGGGGCAUACGUGUUUGGGACAUCGAGAUAAAGCCUUCAAUUAUUGAAAAUUGCUUCAAUAAAGCGCUUCAAGAACGCAGGAUCUCAGGGGACUUCUCACAUCAUGAAGAUAUUCAAGAAAUCUCAUCAAAGCUCGAACAACUUCGCCUCAAAUCACGCAUCAAUGAUCUCAUGGAUAUCGAUCAAUUUUUGAACCCAAUUGACGAGGUGGUUGAGGAUAGCAUUGAGCAACUUGAUGACCAGAUUCUUGCUCAAUUUGGGCCUGAGAUUGAGGCAGAAUCAGAUGAGGAAAUUGAGGUGUUACCACGUAUAACUAUCUCUGAGGCCCUUGAGGCUUUAAAACGGCUUCGUCUAUACGAGGAACAACAGGAGGAAGGAGACAGCGAGUUGAUCAAGGCUCUGGAUAGGCAUGAGAAGUUAAUUACGGGUAGAAAAGCCUCAUAG